AUGGGUCCGAGACCUCGCGAUAUUUUUAUCAAUACAAACAAUACGAUCUAUGUUACUAGUGAAGCAGCUGAUAGAAUUAUUGUCUGGUCUGAAGGAAAUACUAUACCAAUCAAAAAUAUUUCUGGUAAUAUAUCAAAUCCGUUUAGUCUCUUCGUUACAACAGCAGGUGAAAUUUAUGUUGAUAGUGAUAAUUCAACUGGUCGAAUUGAUAAAUGGACAUUAAAUUCAACAAUUGGUAUUCCAAUAAUGUAUACAUGUACAAAAUGUUAUGAUGUUUUUAUCGAUAUGAACAAUAAUCUUUAUUGUUCCAUGAGUAGUUCUCAACAAAUUGUUACAAAAUCAUUAGAUGUUGUUUCAAAUGCAUUAACAAUUGUUGCAGGUACAGGAACUGCUGGGAAUACCUCGUCUAUGCUCAAUUCUCCUGCUGGAAUCUAUGUUAAUACCAAUUUUGAUUUAUACGUAGCAGAUUAUCUCAAUAAUAGAGUACAAUCAUUUCAGUCUGGACAAUUAAAUGCAAUCACAGUAGCAGGAGCAGAAUCAUUAAAUCCUACAAUUACACUCAAACAUCCAGUUGGAAUUGUUCUCGAUGGUGAUAAUUAUCUCUAUAUCAUGGAUUCUGGCAAUUAUCGUAUUGUUGGAUCAGGCCCAAAUGGUUUUCGUUGUUUAGUUGGAUGUUCUAAUUCAAAUGAUUCGGCAACAAAUCAAUUAACUAGUCCGAAAAUGCUAAGUUUUGAUAGUUACGGUAAUAUGUACAUUACAGAUUAUAGCAAUGAUCGAAUUCAAAAAUUUGCUUUAUUAACAAAUUUGUGUAGUGAAACUAUAACAUCAACUCUAAUGAAUAUAAAAACAACAUUAAAUGCAAGUCAAUCCAAUAUUUUAUCAACAAUAACUACGCAAUCAAGUAAUAUAAUACAGUUACCAUCAACUAAAAACCAUGGAACUUUUUUUAUUUGUUUAGAUGUUUCAUACAAUCGACCAAAAUUCAAUGCAUUCCCUUCAUGGAAUCCAAAUGGAAUUAUUUUUGCCAAUAACAGUACAAUUGGCGCACUUAUUAUGGGCAUUUUUGUCAAUACUGAUAACACAAUCUAUGUUGCUAAUCGAGCAAAUAAUGAAAUUCUAAUAUGGUUCAAUAAUAGUAUCGGUCCGACACAAACCAUUCAAGGCACUUUUUCAAUACCUAGGUCUAUUUUUGUUACGACGAAUGGUGAUAUUUAUAUUGACAAUGGGCAAUCGAAUGGUCAAGUUGAUAAAUUGGUAUCGAAUGCAAUUACUAAUGUUCCUGUUAUGUAUGUUAGCGCAUCGUGCUAUGGUCUUUUCGUUGAUAUCAAUGAUACACUCUACUGUUCUAUGUAUGAUCUUCAUCAGGUUAUCGCACAAUCAUUACAUAGUAUGUCAAACAAAACAAUAAUUGUUGCGGGUACAGGUUGUGUUGGAUCCACUUCAAAUAUGCUUGAUGGUCCUUGCGGAAUCUAUGUUAAUACUAAUUUUGAUUUAUAUGUGGCAGAUUAUCACAAUAAUAGAAUACAAUUAUUUCAAUCAGAACAAUUAAAUGGAAUUACAGCAGCAGGAGCAGGAUCACUAGAUACUACAAUUACACUUAAUGGACCAACCGGAAUUGUUCUCGAUGCUGAUAGUUAUCUCUAUAUUGUAGAGUUUAGCAAUAAUCGUAUUGUUGGAUCAGGCCCAAAUGGUUUUCGUUGUUUAGUUGGAUGUUUUGAAUCAUAUGGUUCUGCAUCCAAUCAAUUAUUAUCUCCUUAUGCUCUUAGCUUUGAUAGUUAUGGAAACAUGUUUGUCAGUGAUUAUGGAAAUAAUAGAAUUCAAAAAUUUACUUUUUUGAAUAAUACUCUUGAUCCUUCGUACAACCAACCGAAGUUUUGUCAGAAUGCAUCCUGGAAUCCAAAUGCAAGUACUUUUGCAAAUAGCAUUACAGUUGGCUCUAAUCCAUGGGCCAUUUUUGUCAAUACCAAUAACACAAUCUAUGUUGCUGGUUAUUCAAAUAGUUCAAUACAGAUAUGGUCUAAUAAUAGUAUCAAUCCGACACAAACAAUUCAACGAGGUUCUUUAUACCCUUUUUCUAUUUUUGUUACAAUUAAUGAUGAUAUUUAUGUUGACAACGGGGGACUCAACUAUCGAGUAGAUAAAUGGACAUUGAAUGGAAACACCAGUGUUCCUGUCAUGCAUGUUAGCGUAUCGUGCUAUGGUCUCUUUGUUGAUACCACUGAUACUCUUUAUUGUUCAAUGCUUAAUCUUCAUCAGAUUGUCAAAAGAUGGUUGAAUGAUAAUUCUAGCACACCAACAAUUACGGCUGGUACAGGUACUGCUGGAAAUACUUCGUCUAUGCUUGAUGGUCCUGCUGGAAUCUAUGUUAAUACCAAUUUUGAUUUAUAUGUAGCAGAUUAUAACAAUAAUAGAAUACAAUUAUUUCAGUCUGGAGAAAUAAAUGGAAUCACAGUAGCAGGAGCAGAAUCAUUAAAUACUACAAUUACACUCAAUGGACCCAUUGGAAUUGUUCUUGAUGCUGAUAAUUAUCUUUUUAUUGUGGAAUAUCUCAAUAAUCGCAUUGUUGGAUCAGGCCCAAAUGGUUUUCGUUGUUUAGUUGGAUGUUCUGGUUCAAGCAGUUCAGCACCCAAUCAGUUAUUAUAUCCUGCUACUCUUAGCUUUGAUAGUUAUGGAAACAUGUUCGUCACAGAUUAUGGAAAUCGUAGAAUUCAAAAAUUUAUAUUAUCAACAAAUUCCUGUGAUGAAACAACAUCAACAGUUAAUCCAACUACAACACAAAAUCAAAAAGAACAUAUAACUUCUACAGAAUACAUGACAACUUCAAAUAUAUUGACAACUAAUCAAACAUGUUUCAUUCCAAAAAUAACACUUAUACCUGGUAUAUCAACAUUAUCAUCACCAAUUCAAUUUCGACGAAGUCAAGAUUUUUAUAUAAUAUCAUUAAUUGAAUUAAAUUGUUCUAAUUCAUUAUCUAUGAUUACUCAAUGGACAAUAACAAAUUGUACUUCUAUUUGUUUACAAAAAAUUCAAUUAGAUCCAACAAUAAUAACAACAUUGAGUGAAUUAUAUAUUCCUAGAAAUACUCUAGCAUAUGGUAUAUAUGAAUUAAAAUUGACAGUGACAAUGACUAAAAUACCAAGUUUAACUUCAUCAUCAUCUGUUUAUAUUCAAAUAACUUCAUCCGGUAUAACAGCAAAUUUAAUUGAAUAUGGAACAUCAAUGAUUACACGUGGAAAACAACAAAAUCUUGAAUUUGAUCCAGGAAGCUAUUCUAUUGAUUAUGAUAACAAUGUUUUUAAUGCUAGUAACUGGAUAUAUAAAUAUUAUUGUCGAAUAUAUGGUUUAUACAUGUUUCCAAAUUUACAAGGUUCAUUAUUAUCAAUUGAUGAUAUUAGAAAUGAUCCAUUGAAUCCAUCAUGUUUAUUAAAUCGAACAGGAUGGCAAUUUAGUAAUUCAAUUGAAUCAGGAUUAACCAUUCUUUCUGAUUCUCUUCAAUCCAAUGAAACAUAUCAAUUUAUGGUUUACAUGACAAAUCGUCGAAAUUCUUCACUUCAAGCAACUGGUUAUGUACUUGUUAAAGUUGAGGAUACUUAUCCACAAAUGAUUCUAAUUAGUUGUAUUAUUUCAACAUUAUGUGUGCCAAACUUAGAAUUUCAAUUUGUCAAUCCAACAACCCAAGUUGCUUUGUUUUCAGUUUGUAAUGAAAAUUGUACAACAAUUCAAAAUAUAACAUGGAAUGUUUAUCAUGGUGAAAUAAAUUCAUCUUCAAAUUUUACAAAAUGGAUAUUAUUUAAUCAAACAAAUUUUUAUCAAAAUAUUUGGUUUUUUGGUACAAAUACAAGUAAUUUUACAGCAACAAAUCAAUUGUUUCUAUCAAAUCCACAAUUACAUCUUUGGCGUUUUGAAGUUACUUAUACAUUUAUAUCUGAAAUAAGUGUAAGUUCAUUAAAUUUUAUUAUCAAUCAACCACCAUAUAAUGGUUCAUGUUCGAUCACUCCUCUUAAUGGUACAACUACUAGUUUAUUCGAUAUUUCAUGUCCAGAUUGGUUUGAUGAAGAUGGAAUCAGAGAUUAUGCUGUUUAUGCUUGCACGAAUGAUUUAACAGAACAAAUAAUCGUUGCUUAUUCUGCAGUACCAACAUUUCAAGUUCGAUUACCAUCUGGAGAUAAUCAAACAUCCUUACUUCAUUUAAUUGUCUAUAUUCGAGAUACAUUAAAUUGUAUUGCAGAAUUUAAUCUAUCAUCUGUUAUUGUUAUACCAGAUUUAGUAGGAAUUACUAAUUUAAUAAAUAAUAUUCAAAAUUUAUCAAGUGGAAUAACAACAAAUCCAAUAGUUCAAUUACUUGCCAGUGAAAAUCAAAAUGUCGUUGCACAAUUAAUUAUUUCACUUUCACAAGAAUUGAAUAAAAUGAAUAAUGAUAAUAUUGAUAAAGCUAUUUCAAAUGGUAUACCAGUUACAAGUAUUUCUAUUUCACCAUUCGGGUAUCAAAUUCCACAAGGGUUAUCAACAGCAAUAAAUAAAUCAGCAUUGAUUGAAUACAAUAUAGAACUAAAUAAGCAAGCAAAUGUUCGAGAUUAUCUAAUAACAUUUAUAACAAAUCUUGCCAUAACAACAUUGGAUAGUAUCAAAUUACAAGCAUCAUCAUUAGCACAGUUUACUAAAGCAACAAAUCAAUUAACAAGAACAACUUUAACAUUGGCAGCAGAUAGAUGUUAUCAAUUAACGAUUGCUCUGUAUUUAAAAAGAACAAGAAUCCCGUAUGAAGAUGUUCAAACAGCAGCAACUCAACUUAUUCAAUGUGCUGCUAAUCUACUCAGUGCUGUGAAUGGACCAUUACAACAACGAACAACGAUAUUGAAUUUAGAUUCAUUACGUGCUACAACAUUUCCAUCUGAUUAUGAUACUGAUCUUGAAUCUGAAUGGUCUAAUUUAAAUUUAUUUGCUAAUGGUAAUGAUUUUUCAUGGGAAACAAUAGAAAAAGGUCGAAAUAUAUAUUAUCAAAGCCAAUUAGCAAAUCAAAUUGCUAUUCAAAUGAAUAAAAUCGUGUCAUUAUUAACUUCAACAUUAAAUAUUCAUUUAAAUAUCGAACAAAGCAUAUUAAUCAAUACAUCUCAAGUAUUAAUGUCAUUAAAAACGAAAACAGUUGAAAUAUUUUCAAAUAAAUAUAUUCAACAAAUUGAAAAUGCUCAAAUUCAAUUUCCGGAAAAUUUAUAUUUAAAUUUAAAUAAAAAUUCAAAAAUUUCAAUUCGAUCAAUUAUAGAACCAUUAGCUCCAUUUGGUAUAGCAAAUACAAAUCUUUCCAGAUUAGUAACAUUUUCAGUUAUUGAAGAAAAUGAAAUUUCUAUUCAAACAAAUGUUAAUCAUCCCAUCGAAAUAAUUAUUCCUCGAGAUCCAAAUCUAAUAAUUCCAUCAAUGAUUUUACAAAAUGUUACAUCAAUGAAUUUUACUCCUUAUAAUCAAUUAUUUCAUUUCCAUUAUUUAGAUAUUACAAGUUCUCUUUCGAUUUCAAUUCAUUUUGAAAUUCAACCGUUAAAUAUAAGUCUUGCCUAUUUAUUUAUUUAUAAAUUUGAUCAAUUACCUCAAUUAAAUACUUCAAUGAAUACUAUUGAUGGAUGGACUCUGUUUUGUCCUUUGAAUUUAACAAAUGAAACUUUGUAUAAAUAUUUUAUUAAUAAUCAACAAACAUUAGAUCAUCAAUCAAUUAUAUUUGGUUUACGAGAAUUAAAUUCAACAGAAAUGAUGGAUUCAUGUUCGAAUACUUCAACCAAUAGUCCACCAAUAACAAAUCAACGAUUUAAUUUUACAUCAAAUUAUCAAUUAAGAAUUUAUACAUCAGGUUGCUAUUAUCUUGAUAAAACUAAUCAAUGGAAAUCAGAUGGAUUAAUAGUUGGUCCUUUGACAAAUCAUUAUGAAACUCAAUGUUUUUCAAGUCAUUUAACAAGUUUUGCUGGUGGUUUUAUUAUAUUACCUGAAUCAAUUAAUUGGAAUUAUAUAUUUACUAAUGCUGAUUUUAUGAAAAAUAAAACAAUUUAUUUAACAGUUAUUUGUGUAUCUGUCAUUUAUAUUAUUUUAAUCAUCUAUGCACAUUUUAAAGAUAAAAAAGAUUUGGAAAAAUUAGGAGUUACACCAUUACCUGAUAAUCAUCAAUCAGAUGAAUAUUUUUAUCAAAUUAUUAUUUUUACGGGUCAACGAAAAGGUGCUGGAACAGAUUCAAAUGUUCAUUUUGUUUUAUAUGGUGAUGAUGAUGAAACACAUACACGUACAUUAGCAGAUCCUCAUCGGAAAAUUUUACAACGUGGUGGAAUUGAUUCAUUUAUAAUGGCAGUUCCGAAAUCCUUAGGAUUAUUAAAUUAUAUUCGUAUUUGGCAUGAUAAUACAGGUAAAGGUUCAUCAUCAUCAUGGUUUUUAAAAUAUAUAAUCAUUCGUAAUUUACAAACAAUGGAAAAAUUCCAUUUUAUUUCUCAACGUUGGUUUGCAGUUGAAAAAGAUGAUGGAAAAAUCGAACGUAUUUUAUCAGUUGCAAAUGAAAUCGAAAAACAAAAUUUUUCUUAUCUAUUAACAAAACGUACAUAUCAUAGUAUAUCCGAUGGUCAUUUAUGGUUUUCAAUAUUUUCUCGUCCACCAUCAAAUAAAUUUACACGUAUUCAACGAUGUACAUGUUGUUUUGUUUUAUUUUUUAUUUCAAUGUUUUUAAAUAUAAUGUAUUAUGAUUUAUCAAAUGAAGCGAAAACAAGUACAGAUAGUUUAUCUUUUGGUUCAUUCUAUAUUACUCGUCAACAGAUAAGUAUUGGUAUAAUUGUUGAAUUAUUUGCAUUGAUUCCAAGUCUUUUAAUUGUACAAUUAUUUCGACGUCUUCAAUCUCGUAAAAAACAGAUUUCACCAUUACAUCAAACAUUGUAUAAAAUCAAACCAGAAUUAAAUAUCAAUGAGAAAGAAAUUAAAAAGAAAUUUUUAUUUCCUUGGUGGUGUAUAUUUAUUGCAUAUGGACUUAGUAUAAUAUUAGUGGGUCUUUCAAUUAUUUUUAUAAUUGCUCGUGGAAUUGAAUUCGGUGAUGAUAAAACUCAAAAAUGGUUAAUAUCAAUUCUAAGUGGAUUUUUCUCUUCAAUCAUUUUUACACAACCAUUAAAGAUAAUAAGUUUAGCAAUAUUCUUUGCUUGUUUUUGUCAAAAAGAUUCAUAUGAUGAUAAAGAAGCAAAUGAAUAUUUAGAUAAUAAUCAACUUAAUUUAGAUAAUGAUGAAGAAUAUCUUCAUUCGAUUCAGAAGAAAUCUCUUUUUACUUAUCGACAACCCAUUCGUGUCAAUCGUUUAAAUGAAGAUGAAAUAAAUUCUGCUCGCCAACAACGUUUAAAAGAAAUUCAUAUGUGGUCAAUUAUUCGAGAAAUAUUAAUUUAUAUUUGUUUUUUAACAGUUCUCUAUAAUAUAAUUUAUUCAAAUCGUAAUUCAAAUUCAUUUCUUCAAGUAAAUCAUUCACGAAAAUUUUUCUUAAAUUCAAGACAAAUCAAUUGUGAUUAUACAAAAAUUUCAAAAAUCGAUGCAUAUUGGAAUUGGUUAGAAAAUCAUUUCAUUGAAAAUAUUCGUGCUCAACAAUGGUAUAAUAGUGAACCACCUAAGAAUUUAAGUGGUUUUAUUAAUGAUAAAUCGAAUCGAUUAGUUGGUUGGGCAACGAUGAGACAAUUACGUAUUAAAUCAACAUUAUGUCAAGUUCAAAAUGAAAUUACAUCAACAUGUCAAUAUGAUUAUAGUUUUCAUAAUGAAGAUAAAUAUUCGUAUAAACCAGGAUGGAAAAAUAGUAUAAUACAAAAUUAUAGUUCAUCAAUUACUCAGUCAUUUCAAUAUUCAACAAGUAAAGAUUUAGAUACAUAUAUUUAUGUUGGAGAACAUGGACGUUAUAGUGGAAAUGGUUAUGUAUAUGAAUUUCGUGGUCGUUUAGUUGAUCUUCAAAGUAAUUUAUCUUUACUUCAUCAAUUAGAAUGGAUUAAUAAUCAAACACGAGCUAUUAUUAUUCAAUUAACUUUAUAUAAUCCAAAUGUUCAAUUAUUUACUUCAGUUACUUUUCUUGCAGAAUUUUUAUCAACAACUGGAAUAUUUACAACUGCUCGUUUUGAACCAUUGAGUUUUUAUACAUUUACAUCAAUAAUUCAAUUAAUUUGUAUAAGUAUAUAUAUGAUGAUUAUUCUAUAUUUUAUGUGGAUAGAAAUUCGAUCAGUAUUGAAAUUAAAAUGGAAAUAUUUUCAACAAUUUUGGUCUUAUAUUGAAGUUGGUAUAAUUUGCUGUUCAUGGAUAAUUAUUGGUAUUUAUAUUUGGCGAUAUAAUGAAUGUAAACGUAUUGGACAAUUAUUCAAUGAAACAAAUGGAUAUGUUUAUAUUAAUUUACAAUUAACAUCUUAUAUUAAUGAUAUUUUAAUAUUUUUAUUAAGUUUCUGUUGUUUUUUUGGUACAAUUAAAUUAUUAAAAUUAUGUCGUUUUAAUCAACGUCUUUGUUUGUUUAUUCAAACACUUCAAUAUGCUGGAAAAGAAUUACUUUCAUUUUCAAUGAUGUUUUCAAUUGUAUUUAUAUCAUUUCUUUGUCUGUUUUAUUUAUUAUUUAUUUCUGAACUUGAUUCAUGUUCAAGUUUAUUUAAAACAGCACGAAUGUUAUUUGAAAUGACAUUAAUGCAAUUUGAUGCACAUCAAUUCAAUCAAGCUUCAACAUUUUUAGGACCAUUCUGUUUUAGUAUAUUUAUUAUUUUAGUUGUUUUCAUUUGUAUGAGUAUGUUUAUUGCAAUUAUAAAUGAUAAUUUUCGUCGUGCAAAAGAAAAUGUUCGUCAUAAUAAUAAUGAAGAUGUAAUUUCAUUUAUGAUUAAAAAAUUUCAAUAUUGGACAGGUAUGAAAAAAGUGACUGAAGAAGAAAUUUUAGAAGAAAGAAAUAUUCAAAUGCGUUCAGAAUAUUAUGAUCCAAUUGAAAGUUUUCCUGACAAAAUUGAUCAAUUACUAAAUGCACUUAAUCAAAUUUAUAUAACUCAAACAAUGGAAAAGCCAAGAAGAAUAAAAGAAACUACAUUUUAA